AUGGCCAAACAUUUUAAAGACAUAAGCAGUUGCUAUGUUUGCCGGUCCUACAUGGAAGACCCCGUGAGCCUGAAAUGUGGGUUCAUCUGCUGCCUCAAGUGUGUCAACUCACUGCCGAGAAACCCCAGGGGACAAGGGACUGUGUGUUUCACCUGCCCUGAGGUUUCUCAGAAGAGUGACAUCAGGCCCAAUCGCCAGCUGGCCAGGCUGGUGUCAGAGGUCUGGGUGCUGGAGCCCCAGCUGAGAGCCAUCCUGAGGAUGAACCCGAGGAUGCGGAGGUUCCAAGUGGACAUGACCUUGGAUGUGGACACAGCCAACAAGUUCCUCUACAUCUCCGAGGACCGGCGGCAAGUCCGCUGCGUGUACGUGGAGCAGAAGCGCAGGGCCUGUCCUGAGAGGUUCAGCAUCUCCCCCUGUGUGCUGGGCUCCCCGCAGCUCAUGUCGGGCCGGCACUACUGGGAGGUGGACGUGGGCACCAGCGGAGAGUGGAACCUGGGCGUCUGCAAGGAGUCUGUUCCUCGGCAGGAGGACGUCAUCCUCUCUUCAGAACAUGGCUUCUGGAUCGUGAGCUGCAGGGAGCACGUCACCUUCCUGGCCAGCACCACACCAGUGACAGCUCUCAUUGUCAGUACCCACUUAUACCGCGUGGGUGUUUUCCUGGACUUGGAAAUGGGGACCAUUUCCUUUUAUCACGUGGAUGAUGGCUCUCACAUUUUUACGUUCCCCCCAAUUUCUGUGGCAGAGCCCCUCCGUCCAUUUUUCGCUCCUGGAAUUCCAGCGAUGGACCGUGGGAAUUUCAUGACACUCUGUCCUGGGUUCAGCCCCAGCCUGGCCAGUGCAGCUGGGCUCUGA